GCGCAGGACGAUGGGGAACCUAUAGGUCCGCGAGAGUGAAAAUGACAGAACAAUUUGGAUAAAUGGCUCAUUUUAAAAUGAAACUUUUACAGCAUUUGUUGUUUUUCGUUUUAUUUCUUCGACUCACAACUGUUUUUAGUUUUAGUGAGCUGUCCUUCAUCACAGAGCCCAGCGAUGUCACCGUAAUACCAAAGGAUCCUGUGGUUUUAGACUGCCAGGCCCAUGGACACCCUCCAGUCACUAUCAAGUGGCUAAAGAAUGGGCUCAAAGUGCUAGAGAGUGAACACAUCCAGUUUCUCUCCAACGGCUCGCUGUACAUCCCAGAGGUGAAGAGUGAUACAGAGGACUCUGACGAAGGCUUCUAUCAAUGCCUUUCUCAAAACAAAUAUGGAGCCAUCUUGAGCCAAAGAUCUUGUCUGACUAUCAUAAACAUCUCACCCUUUGUGGUGCAGCCUGUACCUGUUGUGGUGACUGCAGGCUCUGUGGCCAGGUUCUCCUGCCAGGUCACUUCCAACCCUCCUGCUUCUAUCACCUGGGAGCUCAACCAAAGCAUCUUACCCCUGGAGACAGACAGAAUCACUGUUCUGCCCAAUGGUGUUCUUCAAAUCUACAACGUCCAAAUGGAGGAUGCUGGACAAUAUCGAUGCGUGGUCACAAACAUCGGCAGUCAAAUAAGGAGCAGAGAGGCAACACUGACCGUCAGCUUGGGCACAGGCUCCAAACCUCGACAGAGGCCCAGGAUAAUUGCCGGACCUCAAAAUGUCACGGCGCCCCUUCACCAAACAGUGGUGUUGGAGUGCAUGGCCACAGGCAACCCCAGACCCAUCCUCUCCUGGAGCAGGGCUGACACUAGGCCCAUAGAUGUGUACAACGCAAGGGUGCUUGGCAGUGGGAACCUGGUUCUUGCGGAUGUCAAGCCCCAGCACAGCGGAGUCUACCUGUGUAGGGCCACCACACCCGGAACACGGAACUACACUAUCGCUGCGGCCAACCUCACCGUGCUGGUGCCUCCGUCCAUAGUAGAGAAGCCAGAGAGCCAGACCCGCCCUCGAGCUGGCACUGCCCGCUUCAUGUGCCAGGCUGAGGGGGUUCCUCCUCCCUCAAUCACCUGGCUGAAGAAUGGAGAGAAAGUGCACUUGAAUGGCCGGAUCAAGAUGUAUAACAGCAAACUGGUCAUUACUCAAAUCAUCCCUGAGGAUGAUGCCAUCUACCAGUGCCUGGCAGAGAAUGAGCAGGGCUCCGUGUUGUCCCUGGCACGCCUCAUAGUGGUGAUGUCCGAGGACAGGCCCAGUGCGCCCAGAAACGUCCACGCUGAGACCAUCUCCAGCUCCGCCAUCUUGCUGGCCUGGGAAAGGCCGCUCUACAACACAGACAAAGUCAUCGCCUACUCUGUUCAUUACAUGAAAGCUGAAGGUCUAAACAACGAAGAAUACCAAGCUGUAAUUGGGAACGACACCACAAGCUACAUCAUCGACGACCUGGAGUCAGCUAGGAACUAUACUUUUUACAUUGUAGCCUACAUGCCAAUGGGAGCUAGCCGCAUGUCUGACCAAGUCAGUCAACACACCCUAGAAGAUGUGCCUCUGCGUACCCCAGAGCUCAGUCUGACCAGCAACAGUCCUUCCGACAUCCAAGUGAGCUGGCAGCCGCUCGCCGCCAAGCUGAGCCGUGGCCGGGUGUCCGCCUACCGCCUGUCGUACCGCACAGCCACGGACAACACGGUCAGCAGCGUGGAGCUGCCUCAGAACAGCACCCAGCACCUCCUGGAGGCCCUGCAGCCUGACACCAUCUACCUGCUCCGCAUGGCCGCUGCAACCCGCGUGGGCUGGUGCGAGCCCUCGGCCUGGACCUCCCACCGCACGCCGAAGACGUCCAGCACCAAAGUGCCCCUGGCCCCACUGGUGCAGCUGGAGCCCGUCAACUGCACCUCCGUCACAGUGCGGUGGCAGCCGACUCCAGGAACCGUGGUUGUUCAGGGUUACCGUCUCUGUUACCACGAGGAAGGCCAGCCAGAGCAGCCCACCAUCCAGAUCCCACCGCAGGACUCCCACUACACCAUCAGUGGACUUGAUCCAAGGCGGAAGUACCAUGUCAAACUACUGGCUUUCAGCCUACUGGGAGAUGGCUAUCAGGCCGACCAGACUGUCAGCACCCCAGGAUGUGUGUCGGUUCGAGACCACCUGGCAGCUUCUCCUCCGUCCCCUGACCAUGUGAACGCCCGGGCAAACAGCUCCUCUGCAGUGCUCCUGCGUUGGAGUCGGCCUGCCUUCACCUCAGGGAAGGCCGUCAGCUACACUGCUCGCUGCACUCCGGUCGGGACACACAACUCCUCUGACAUACGUUACCUGCAAACUAUCAACCAGAGUGUGAUUGUGAAGGAUCUAGAACCCAACACCCGUUAUGAGUUUGUAGUUCGUCUCCAUGUAGACCAGCUGUCCAGUCCCUGGAGUUCUGUUGUCUACCAGCGGACUCUUCCAUCAGCACCCAGCCAGCCGCCCACGGGGGUGAAAGUGACCCUGAUCGAGGAGGACACAGCGCUGGUGUCGUGGAGAGAGCCGGAGGAACACAACGUAGCGGUGACACACUACACCAUUCUCUACGCCUCCCAGAGGGCCUGGCUGUCCGGACACUGGCAGGUCUUGCAGAGAGAGGGGAGCAACACCAUGGCUCUGCUGGAGAAACUGGAGCAAGGCAACAUCUACCUGGUGAAGAUCUCUGCCUCCAACCAGGUUGGUGACGGCCCCUUCUCCAGCAUUGUGGAGCUGGCCCUGCAGCCUGGCACCACCCACCGGGGCAAGAGCCCCCGCCACUCUGACGGCCGCUCCGAGACUACCGUGUUCUCUGAUGGUCUCUACCACAUAGACCAGAGGUCCAUGACGGGGAUCAUCGUGGGUGUGUGCAUCGCCUUGGCUUGCAUUGUCAUGUGUGCCUUAAUCCUCAUCAGUAAAGGCAGAUCUAGGAAAUCGUCAAACUCUAAGAUCAUUGGUGUGGUUAACGGGCAGGUUGCUGGUUCGCCCCAGGCCACUGAGCAUGCUCAGAAUGCAGAUUCCCUUGAGCCGAUGAUGAGAAGUCCGUUCAUAGAUAGCAAGGGUGGUACCAACCUGGUGAUAAGCACUGCUGGCCCUGUUGGCACUAGAAGAAAGAGAUGGCAGUUCUUUAAAAAGGAGAAACGGAAUACGACAAUAUGCAAUAUUGAGGACAGGGCCUGUCUGUAUGAGGCAGGGAAGACUGUGCUGAGGUAUGAGGAGAGGUUGGGCGCCUCACCCCUCCAGCCCUCCUCCCUGCAGAUCCUCUACAGCCCCCUGGGGGACUCGGAGAGCUCUCAGACCAGCGAGGGGAGCCACGAGACCGGGGACUCCGGACACUACUCCAACGAAGAGGCCGAGAUGAGCAACCCAUCCACCAGCCGCAGCUCCAGGCCUUCGUCCUUUGGGUCUGACGACAGCCCUGCUCCGGAGGAAGGGGACGCCUGCUUCACAGUGGCGAGGGAGGAGCCUCGGAGCUACCUCCGCAGCAGCGCCCCUGACACUGUGCGCGUCUCACUUCACGGCUCCCUCACAGCUGUGGAGACCUCUCAUCCCGGCCUCUACGCCUCCCAGCCCGCCUACUCUUGACACCGACCAUCCUCUGCUCUGCAGGAGAUGAAGCCCUGCCGCCACCUCGACCACCCCGCCUACUGAACUGGACCCCAGGGUUCUUUUCUAAGAAGCACGGAUCAGGAAGCUAGCAGUUAUGGAGGAAAGAGGGCUGUUACUUCAGGUCUACCUCAGGAUUUUAUAAUGAAUGUUGUUAUACUAAUUUCUUUCCCUCGGUUCAGUCUGUCUGUGUGUCUCUUCUUGUAUGUUCGAAACCAAAGCUCACCCAAAAUGAAUGUCCUACAGAAUGUCAAAAAUGUAUUGAGAUACAUUUCUCUAUAUUUAAGUUUUUUGCCACUGGAGCAAAGGGUGUAGUUGACCCCUUAUUGCUGGAUGUCUACCUCAGUUUCUCUUUUUGUGUUUACACUACUACCUCCUUUGUCAGUAUGUUGUGCAGGUAUUUCUUCUAACUCAGGGGACAAGGUUUAUUUCACAAAAAGCCAUGUUUUCCUGUGUGCAUUUGUGUCCUUCAGGACUUAUUGUUCAGGUUACUCCUGUUUCUCCCGAAAAUUGUUUUUCAAAGGUUGAAAAGUUUUAAAUUUUGUAUUUUUAGUGUUUUGUUUCAACAUUGAAGUGCAUUAGAUAUUGUCAACUUUUAUUUGAGUAAGAUCAUACCAAAAGUUUGACUGGCAUUUCCAGUGCACUGAACCUUAAAAAGCUUUAAAGAGGGCCUUAUAUGGAAAGGGAUUUGCGUAUGAUGAAAACAUCCAAAGACAGAAAAUAUACCCAAAGAAUGAGUUUUUAAGAAUACGAAAGAAACUCAAAAGUUACCCAAAAAACUACUUUUAUAGUACCUACAUGUGAAGGUAUGCCAAAAUAUUGUUCUUCCCAAAAAAAUGUAUCUCUUUUUUUAAUGAUAGCGUGAAUGCAUUUAUCAUUGUACAUUUAUUGAUGCUUUAUCCUGGUGAAAGCUUUAUAACUUGUCUCUUAGAUGAGUCAUCCAUUUGCCUUUUAGACCAUUGCUAAAUGCAACGGUUACGCCGAUGCCAAAGAGUUGUCUUAUUCCUCAGAGGGUAGAGCUGUUCCUUCAGAUAAUCCUUGUAAUCAUUCAGUAGAUGUUGCUCAUGUCAGACCAAAGAUCCAGUGUGUAUUCCCAGUGACGGCCGAUGAUCAAUCCAGUUGUGGAUUCUAAAUUUCCGUUUAUCAGCUAUAGAUCUAAACUUUCACAAUUGACCGUUUUUAAGUGAUGUAUGCAUGGUGAAAUAUUGGUUUUAUACGCUGUGUUCUGUGUGACGACAACAAGGAGUCUGACUAUAAAUGAUUACCCUCUGAGUGAAGAGCAACAUAAUCAAAUGUUAUAGCUUUGAAACACAACCAAUCCUAACCAAAGAAAUGUUUAAUGUGUUAUUUGUUCAUUACUUUUGGUUUGAAUUUGAACACAGUAUUUGCAUAAUGUGAUAUAAUUUUCAAACGUUUUGAUUGUUAUAGAAAGGCUGAAUACAUUUUGUGGAUGCCAAUACAUUUUGUUUGAACUUAAGAGGUCAAGUUGUUCAGUUGGAUUGUGUUAGUGAAACUUCAUCUGAGAGCUGUAAAAACGGUUACAUUGUGACUUUCUUUUUUUUAGCAUCAUCAUGUUUUAAACUUUUUUCAGAUUACAAUUGGAAGUAUUUUCUCAUCUGAAUAUGUGGAUUCUGAAAGAGUGUUUUUAGACUAUAUCCUUGUUGCCUGUGGAAUGCAGUGUCAUAAACUCAGGACUAUUCAGGCUAAGGGCUAAACAAACAUUUUAUUUUGCCCUUUUUUGUUAUUAUUUAACUUAUGCUUUUGUAAUUACAUGCUUUUCACUAUUCACAUUAUUUACCACCUCAUGUAUUUUAUUCUAAAUUUCUAACAUGUUUUUGUCUUGUAUGAAAGCACAAAGUCACUACCAACCAAAGUUUUUGAGUCUCUAAAGUUAUUUUCACCAUUUAAAUAAAAAUAACUU